AUGCCCACCGUCGUUCGCGCGCAAUCGCCCGCCGCAGCUGUUCUUCAUGCUCCGCGUAACCACGGAGAUGCCAACCACCAGGCCCCGGAGCACGCAUCCAACGUUCGGGAAGUCCAGAACGCUAUCCUCUGGAUCCCGAGCAGCCCAUGGUUCGCACUCGCAUCUGACAUACUUGCUGAGCAGCAGACCUUCCAGGAGAUCAAGUAG